UAAAGAACCACACCACGGCUACUGUUUAAAACACCUCGGUAGCUUGCUAGCCAACAUGCAACCGAAACAUUGAAGCUCUUUAAACCAGUUUUGUGAAUAUUCAUCUCGUUGUUUUAAAAACUAUUCUGUUGAGGUAUCUACUGGUUAACUUUAACGUAAUGUACUUGUUACAUUUGCAAACUUGUUCAGAUUGAUACUGAGCCUAGCACUAAGCUAGUCGCUAAUGCUAACUAGCUAGCUAGCAUCCACAACCAUGAGCUCUCUAAGCUACUCGCCCCCAGCUAAAGAAGAGGCGAUAUGUUGGACGGAGAAAGAAUCUCUCAGACUGAACGUUGUCAUAAAAGAAGAAGAGGAAGAUAUCUCAGUGAAAGUAAAGGAAGAAGCUUUCAGAAUUAAAAAGGAGGAAGAGGAGUCUAUCAGCAUCACAUUGAAAGAGGAAGAUGUUAUAGUGAAAGAAGAGAAAGAACCUUUUGGAUUGGAAGAAGAGGCUGUUAUAUUAAAAGAGGAGGAUGAUGUUAUAGUGAAAGAAGAGAAAGAACCCAUUGGAGUGAAGGAGGAAGAAAUGAUAGAGGUUGUCACAGUGGAAGAGGAGGAGGUAGAAGCUUUCAUAAUUAAAAAGGAGGAAGAGUAUAUUAUAAUGAAAGAAGAGGAAGAACCUUUUAGAGUGAAAGAGGAAGAGGAGGCUAUCUCAGUAAAAGAGGAGGAAGACGUUUUGGGAGUGAAAAAGGAGGAAGAGGAGACUGAAGAUCGGAUUAGCACCAGAGGGAGACCAGACUCUCACUCGGACAGCGGACAGAGUACUUCAGGGCACCCAGACCCAAAGAUGGCCAAACCAGCGAGACCACACCACUGCUCCCAUUGUGGAAAGAGUUUUAUUAAUUUAAGGAGCCUAAAAGUUCAUGAAAGAGUACACACAGGAGAAAAGCCUUUCCACUGCUCACAGUGUGGAAAGAGUUUUACUCAGUUAGGGAAUCUGAAAAUGCAUGAGAGAAUACACACAGGAGAGAAGCCUUUCCACUGCUCCCUGUGUGGAAAGAGUUUUACCCAGUUAGUUGCCGUGAAAACACAUGAGAGGACACACACAGGAGAGAAGCAUUUCCACUGCACCCUGUGUGGAAAGAGUUUUACCCGGAUAGGGUCCCUGAAAACACAUGAGCGAAUACACACAGGAGAGAAGCCUUUCCACUGCUCCCUGUGUGGAAAGAGUUUUACCCAGUUAGGGGCCCUGAAAACACAUGAGAGAACACACACUGGAGAGAAGAAUUUCCACUGUUCCCUGUGUAGAAAGAGUUUUACCCAGUUAGGGGCUCUGAAAAAACACGAGAGGACACAUACAAGAGAGAAGCAUUUCCACUGCUCCCUGUGUGAAAAGACUUUUACGCAGUUAGGGUCCAUGAAAACGCAUGAGAGGACACACACUGGAGAGAAGCUAUAUCACUGCUCCCAGUGUCAAAAUACUUUUUCCACAUUAAGGGACCUGAAAUCACAUGAAAGAACCCACUUAGUAGAGAGGCAGAGGCCGUUCCAAUGCUCUCAGUGUGGAAAGAGAUUCAUCCAGUCAUCACAUCUGAAAGAUCACACGACAACACACACUGGAGAAAAAACAUUCCAAUGCUCUCAGUGUGAAAAGGGUUUUACCAGGUUAAGCACACUAAAAACACAUAAGAGUACACACAGGAGAUCAGCAUUUCCAAAGCUUCCAGUGUGAAAAAAACGUUUUGUACACCUGAAAAUGCAUCCAUUAACAACUAUUGAUGAAUUUAUUGGGGGGGGGGGGGUUGCACUGAGUACGAGGACAACCCAGGGGAUAACGCGUUAAAGUGAAAAUCACUUGUUUCCAACGUGGUCCUCGAUGAAAUAAACUCAAUACAGACAAUACACAAGAUAAAUAUAUCUUCCUCCCAGUGUGGAAAGGUAUUUACCUAGUUAGGGAACCUGUAAGACCACGAGGGAACAAACACCGGGGAGAUGCCUUACCACUGCUCCCAGUGUGGAAAGAGAUUUUUCACAUCUCGUAACACACACAGUGCUCCCACACUUUUUUUGGGGGGACUGGGAAGGUGUUUUUCUGGGUUCGUUCGGUCAUGAAAACCUGGGGGAAAGUCAUGGAUUUUGUUGUUGUGUUUUUCCAGGCCUGGGAAAGUUUUGGACAAGGAUCAAAUCUGAAAAGUUUUCAAAAAAAGUAUUAGAGUUAAAAAAAGUUUUCAAAAAAAGAAUUAUUUUAAUACUUCUGUUAGCCAUUUAUUUAGGCAUAGUUUGUAAAUAUUUUAUUAAUCACAUACAAAUCACCAUAUCAACCAGGAUCUGAAUGGUUUAAUGCUGUGUGACGCAUCACCUGCACGUUGCACUGUGAAGUGGCCCUCAAGGGGAGAGAGACAGUAGCACGUUGCACUGUGGAGUGGCCCUCAAGGGGAGAGAGACAGUAGCACUGUGGAGUGGCCCUCAAGGGGAGAGAGACAGUAGCACGUUGCACUGUGGAGUGGCCCUCAAGGGGAGAGAGACACCUGCACGUUGCACUGUGGAGUGGCCCUCAAGGGGAGAGAGACAGUAGCACGUUGCAGCAGCAGGUUGGCCUAUAGAAUAUGAGAGAACAGACUAACUAGGUAGCCAAUUUAAAACAUAUAUUGUAACCUGGCUAGUUAUCAAUUUAGCUUUUAGAUAACUAGCAUGAAUAAAUGCUAUCUGGUUAACACUUUAGCUGUUAGCAUUUAUUCAUGCUAGUUAUCUAUCUGGUUAACUGUGUAGCUGUUAGCAUUUAUUCAUGCUAGUUAACUGUUUAGCUGUUAGCAUUUAUUCAUGCUAGUUAACUGUUUAGCUGUUAGCAUUUAUUCAUGCUAGUUAACUGUUUAGCUGUUAACAUUUAUUCAUGCUAGUUAUCUAUCUGGUUAACUGUUUAGCUGUUAGCAUUUAUUCAUGCUAGUUAUCUAUCUGGUUAACUGUUUAGCUGUUAGCAUUUAUUCAUGCUAGUUAUCUAUCUGGUUAACUGUUUAGCUGUUAGCAUUUAUUCAUGCUAGUUAACUGUUUAGCUGUUAGCAUUUAUUCAUGCUAGUUAUCUAUCUGGUUAACUGUUUAGCUGUUAGCAUUUAUUCAUGCUAGUUAUCUAUCUGGUUUACUGUUUAGCUGUUAGCAUUUAUUCAUGCUAGUUAUCUAUCUGGUUAACUGUUUAGCUGUUAGCAUUUAUUCAUGCUAGUUAUCUAUCUGGUUAACUGUUUAGCUGUUAGCAUUUAUUCAUGCUCGUUAACUGUUUAGCUGUUAACAUUUAUUCAUGCUUGUUAACUGUUUAGCUGUUAUCAUUUAUUCAUGGUUUCGUCAUGUCCCAAAAACUUUCCACCGACACUUGCGAGUUAAGGCCAUGCAAAGUUUAUAAACUUUUUUUGGACGAUUCAUUUAAACAGUUUUUUGUUGUUGUAGCAAACAAAUGAUUCACUUCGCCAUUGUAUUAGUAAGGAUUCUGGUGAAUCGAAUCAUGUGAAUCAAAAUAAUCCAUUUGUGAAUCACGAGGACAAAACCUGCCAUAAUUAUCUAUAAUCUAAUUCUUCAAUCUCCAAUAAAUGUUAUUCAUCGUAUUUAUUUAUUUCUGUAUUUCUUCCUCCAAUAUGAUAAU